AUGCUGUACGACCUCAACAUCGCCUGGUCGCCCUCGACCAGCAGCGCCGAGCUCACACGCAUCCUCAAGUUCAGCGCCAGCCUGGGCUACAACGUCGUGGCCCUCAACCACACCCUCACCGUGCCCAUCUCCGGCACCCCGACGAAUCCCCUGCCCAAGUUUCCUCCCGGCCCUUCCAGUGGCCCGUCGACCACCACAUCCUCCUCCCGGCAGCAUCAACAACAAGAUGACGCCCCCUCGCUCCCCACGGUCCUCCGCCGCGCCACGGUGCCGCUGCACGACACCUCGGUCGGCCACCGGCUGCCGCAGAUUGCGGCUCAGUACGACGUGGUCGCGGUGCGCCCGACCAACGAGAAGGCCUUCCAGGCGGCCUGCCUGAGCGUCGCCCUCGAGCACGCGUCGCUGAUCUCGCUGGACCUGGCCCAGCAGCUCGACUUCCACUUCCGGCCCACGCAGUGCAUGGCCGCCGUCAAGCGCGGCAUGCGCUUCGAGGUCUGCUACGCCCAGGUGCUGGGCGCCGGUGGCGACGCCCGCGCCCGCGCCGCCUUCAUCGGCAACCUCAUGCAGCUCGUGCGCGCCACCCGCGGCCGCGGCAUCGUCGUCAGCAGCGAGGCCCGCAGCGUCGUCGCGCUCCGCGGCCCCGCCGACGUCGUGAACCUGCUGGCCGUGUGGGGGCUGCCGGCCGAGAAGGGCAAGGAGGCGCUGGGCGUCAACCCCAGGGGCGUCGUGGUCAACGAGGGGAUCAAGAGGAGCGCGUUCCGGGGCGUCGUGGACAUCGUGCAGGUCGCGGGGCGGGAAGAUCGAACAGGCGACAAGAUGGAAGGCGUGGAGCAGCAAGCGGUCACUGCGCCCAAGGAGAAGAACCAGAAAAAGGGCGAUGAUGAGGGAGUUGGAAACAACGGACAGAAGCGCAAGGGGAACGAAGGAAGCGGUCAAGGCGACGCUCCCAUCAGUAGACGGCAGGCUAAGAAGCUGAAGAAGCUUGCUGUGCUGGAAGGAAACCCGGCCGAGAGCAAGGCAUGA